CCUUUCAAAAAAACCUCUUCAACCAUGCUCUUCAACAAGUCCUACAUGGCCUCCAUGAGCCUCCUUAUGUUUGCCGCCGGGGCUGCUGCCACCGAGACGCUUACCCUUCGGGGCUUACAAGCCGCUGCCACUCCCAUGGUGGCGCGCUCGUGCAAUGCGACUGAGUUGGACGCCAGCCUCGACGCACUGGCAGAGGACGCCAAAUGUGGGGCGGUAUGGACUACGUUUUCGGACACCAUCAGCACCGCUGAGUUCAACCUGAUGCCCCUGGCGGGCCAGGUCAAGGUAGGGACGUGGAAAGCCGAGAACUUGUGA